GCAGGCCCCUGUGCUCCCUGGGAUGCAGGUACCCGGGCAGAUCUGCAGCUCCACAGCUCCUUACCCAGCAUUCCUUCUCCUCUGCUGGAGGACUGCCUGAGCCUUAUGCAAAUGAGACCAGCGCUCAGGCUUUGACUGCAGAAGAGGAGGGGGGCAGAAGGGAGUUCAAAGGUCACGGGGCUGGCAGAAAGCAGGAUCCCUUGCUUGAAAAAAAAUGUAUCCUGGGCUUCUGCAGCCGUGUUUUGCAGCAGUUAAGGGAAGUGCGCUUUAUUUCUGAUAGUGAAGAUUUUACAGCGUGAGCCGUAGUCAUUUAAAGUGCAUGCAGGUACAUGUGACAGCGCUGCAGCUAUGAGUGGAAUUUUAAAGAGGAAGUUUGAAGACGUUGAUGGCUCCUCGCCCUGCUCCUCUGUCCGGGAAUCGGAUGAUGAAGUUUCCAGCAGCGAAAGCGCUGACAGCGGAGACAGUGUCAAUCCAUCCACCUCUAAUCACUUCACCCCUUCCUCCAUUCUCAAAAGGGAGAAGCGGCUGAGGACGAAGAAUGUGCAUUUCAGCUGUGUCACCGUGUACUACUUCACCAGGAGGCAGGGUUUCACCAGUGUGCCCAGCCAGGGGGGCAGCACUCUGGGGAUGGCCAGCCGCCACAACAGCGUGCGCCAAUACACCCUGGGAGAGUUCGCCAGGGAGCAGGAGAGGCUGCACCGGGAGAUGCUGAGAGAGCACCUCAGGGAGGAGAAGCUGAACUCUCUAAAACUAAAGAUGACUAAGAAUGGCACGGUAGAAUCUGAAGAAGCCAGCACUCUCACCGUGGAUGACAUUUCUGAUGAUGAUAUUGAUUUAGACAACACAGAAGUCGACGAAUACUUCUUCCUACAACCCCUGCCAACAAAAAAAAGGAGAGCCCUGCUUCGAGCCUCUGGAGUGAAAAAGAUCGAUGUGGAAGAAAAGCACGAGCUGAGAGCCAUUCGCCUGUCACGGGAGGACUGUGGCUGCGACUGCAGAGUGUUCUGUGAUCCAGAGACGUGUACCUGCAGCCUGGCAGGCAUUAAGUGUCAGGUGGAUCGAAUGUCUUUCCCGUGUGGCUGCACUAAAGAAGGCUGUAGUAACACAGCAGGUAGAAUUGAAUUUAAUCCAAUCCGUGUCCGGACUCAUUUUUUGCACACAAUAAUGAAACUUGAACUGGAGAAAAACCGAGAGCAUCAAAUCCCUACACUGAACGGCUGUCACGGUGAGAUAAGUGCUCACAGUAGCUCCAUGGGCCCUGUGGCUCACUCCGUAGAAUAUUCUAUUGCAGACAAUUUUGAGAUUGAAAGUGAACCCCAGGCCGCAGUCCUGCACCUGCAGUCUGCAGAGGAAUUGGAUUGCCCAGGAGAAGAGGAGGAAGAGGAGGAAGACGGGAGCAGCUUCUGCAGCGGAGUCACUGACUCUAGCACACAAAGCCUGGCCCCCAGUGAGUCGGAUGAGGAGGAAGAGGAGGAGGAGGAAGAGGAGGAGGAGGAAGAGGAUGAUGAUGAUGAUGACAAGGGAGACAGCUUCGUGGAAGGCUUGGGGACCCAUGCAGAAGUCGUCCCUCUUCCUUCUGUCCUUUGUUAUUCUGAUGGCACCGCAGUUCAUGAAGGCCACACGAAAAAUGCUUCCUUUUAUGCCAACUCUUCAACUCUGUAUUACCAAAUAGAUAGCCACAUUCCAGGAGCUCCGAGCCAGAUCUCCGAUAACUAUUCUGAAAGAGACACUGUCAAAAAUGGUACCCUUUCGCUGGUGCCUUACACUAUGACCCCAGAGCAAUUCGUUGACUAUGCCAGACAAGCAGAAGAGGCCUACGGAGCCUCCCACUACCCAGCUGCCAACCCUUCUGUCAUUGUUUGCUGUUCCUCUUCAGAAAAUGAUAGUGGGGUGCCCUGUAAUACCUUAUAUCCUGAACACAGAUCCAAUCUUCCCCAAGUGGAAUUUCACUCAUACUUGAAAGGCCCUUCCCAGGAAGGGUUUGUCUCCACGUUAAAUGGCGAUAGUCACAUUUCAGAGCAUCCAGCUGAAAAUUCUUUGAGCCUUGCAGAGAAGAGCAGAUUGCACGAAGAAUGCAUCAAAUCACCCGUGGUAGAGACGGUCCCUGUUUAGUCGCUUAAAUUAUUCUAUUAUAGGACCAACUCUUCUAUCUAAAGCACUGUAUUUAAUAGGAUUUCAUGGGCUCAUCGAUGUUUUAACUGAAAACCAAGACAAUGUGGACUGUGAUUACUCUUCCAGACAGUAUUUUGUUUCCUCCUUUCUAACUACAUGAAUAUGACGUUGCACAAAUACAGUCACUAUGGGGAUUUUAAACUAUUCAAACUGUUUUGAUAGAAAAUGCUAAAUUAAAAAAAAAUGCAUAUCUCACAGUUGCCUACCUGUCAAACUGUGUGAAACCUGCCAAGCUGUGCAGAUCAGAGCUCCAACUGUUAGAUUAUCGGGCCUGUGCAAGAUUGUUAAGUAAGACUAGAAAAUAAUAAGAUUUAGAGUCCUAAUUUUCGAUAUAUCUGAAGAUGAGGUGACUUUUUAAUGUAAAAAUUAAUUAUUGUAAGAAAAAGAUUUAAUCGUUCCUUGUGUAUUUUAUUUAUGGUAGUUUAGAAGUCAUGUUUUGGUGAAAAUGAACAGCAUGUUCACUGAAGAUGCAUAGCUAGCACCACAGAGCAUGCCCGCGAGGAUUGUAUCUAGACCCACCCACAUUUUUAUGAUCCUGACUGAGCAGAUUUGCAAAUACUUUCUUAAGAGUGAAAUAGGCCUAUUUUUGCUAUUUUGGACAAAUAAAUGAGUCUAUAUGUGCGGGUCCUUACACAGUUUUCUCUAAAGUUGAGAGUUAGGACAAUCCUGUGGUGAGGAACUAGUUAGCUGCCCUCCCUCUGCCAACUCCCAUGAUGGAGGUAGAAGGAAUUGCCUUUCUUUUUAUAAACAGCGUCGUCAUCUUGGUUCUUAACUUGGACAGCACCUUUAAACUCUCCCCUCCAUCAAAAUGCACUUUAGUGCCCCUUCACGGUGUCUCGUGUGGGGUGGGGACUGAGAACUCUUUGAAAUGAAAAAUUUUCUAAUUGAAGCAAAAGUUCUAUAACUAUUGUAAGGUUCAUACUAUUAAGAGAGAGGAUUCUUCCAAUGACAAGAAGGAAAAAUGACUUGUUUUCCUUCACCACUCCGAGGACCUAAUUCAGUAACAGAUGAGUCUGGUAAACACAGAAGAGACACAGCCUGAGCGACCAGCCUUUCGUUCAGCGUUCUUCAUCCAUCUCUACAAAAACAAAGUGUGUAAUGAGAUUUCCACAUAGCGACUAGCUGAUGGAAGGGAGGCUUCUGCUCACAUACUCAACUAGGUCUUAUUUUUUGGAAUCAUUUUGAUUUGUCUUGCCUGGGACAGUUAACCAAACAGUCCAGAAUGCAUAGCAUAUGCUAAUUAAACCUCACAUUCUCCUCCUAGAGGGAAUGUAUAGAAAUCAGACAUGCUCUCCCCACCUUAGAUUACCUGCACUUGGUUCAUGGGAGGACUUUCAGCAACCUCUUUUCCUGUAAAUUGAGUUACUAAACAAGUUUUACCUUUCCCCCCAAUACAAUGAUUAUGCUAAAUUUCUUUCCCAUUUUUGACCUAUUAUACCAUUCCACAUGUUUUGUGACUCUUGAAAUGUGGACAUAGCUUGCUAUUCCGUGACUGCCUCUCUACUUACUUUUUAUGCCGUUUAGUCUUGGGCAUUUACAGACAUGGAUAUAAUAUGUUAUAGAUCUCAGUUCUUUACAGCAUACUGUUUUAUUUCAUUGAACUUGAAAAUGCUUCAUAGUCCUCCAGUGGAAAAGUUUCUACUAAACUUGAUGUGCAGAAAGCAUCUUUGCAUGGCAGUACUUCAACUGUGCGGUUGGUUCCAGCUCCUUCCUUUUGCCACAUCAAAAUUUGUCAUUCUAUAGACAGCAGUAGUGGGGGCUGCUGUGCUUUUUCAUUGAUGAGCAAGGGGUCUAAUCUGAUGGGGAUUUGCUCUGUUCAUGGUAGUAUAUACAGAGUUACCUGCAAGGUUACCAUCUUCAGCAUUUGAUCUCCACUUUCCCCACCCCCUGCCCACACACUCUAAAGAGCACAGACUCAAAGAGGAUAUGACUAGACGCUUCAUUCAAGCACACGAAAAAAUCCUAUGUUCUGUAUUUGCUGGACCAUUACAAUAUCUACUGGUGAGGCAUGCUUAAGCUAUUCUUAAAACAUAGUUUGGUGGGAGAGCACAAGACAAUCCUGAUUGGUGUGGAUUUGAAGGGAAGAAUGACAGUUUAGUUCCUGAAUAGUUAAGAUAUGUUCAUUUUAGUUCAGCUUUAUUUUUACCAGGAGGUUUGAAGCCUAUGUUUUCUAUUUGGCUGGGUUUCUGUUUUGCAUCCUUUUCCCCCAAAAGAUACUUACAAAAACAGAGCUUUCUUCCUUUAUCUAGUCAGGAUAGAAUGUCACUGCUCUACCAAGAAAAAUUACCUUUGUAAGCAUGACAGUCUUCAUUCCAAAUUUUCAUAUACCUAAGUAAUCCAUAAUCAUCUCACAGAUUGUAAUAGAUACAGGCUACUUAUUUUUACAAAAAAAAUCCUAUGUACUCUACCUAGAUUAGACGCAUACAGUACCACACCCUAGAGCAUGAUAGGUUUAAGUAACAGUAAUGAAUGAGUACUAGGCAGUUAGUUCCUAUAGUACAAUCAAGUUGAGUCUUAUAAUCUAAAAAUUUACUUUUGAAAAGAAGACAAUUGUGAAGGUGAUUUAUUGAAAAUAUUGGGUCAAAGUUACAAAUAAUGCUAAUGGUAGAAUAAUUUCAUUGUCACUUCCUUUCCCGGAAAAACUCAGAAAGUGCAGUGUUCCAUCUGGAUUAUUUUUUCCCAUUGACAGACCUUCUAUUCAACAAAAACUGCCACAUGCCAGGAAAGUGCUAUCUUUAUUCUCAGUCUUUCAAAGGGAGAUCAAGUUAGAUGCAGCCAGGUUGGGACACUUAGAAUCUUUGUACCAAGACACAGUAACGUGCUCCGCGCUGUUGCUUUGCUUCUGUAGUAUACUCAGCCAAAUAAGAGUCUUUCUAUGCAGACAGCCCCUGAGUCAUGGGUCCGUUGCAAAGCCUGAUGCUCCAGGAUCCUGUUUCUUCGGAGACUUGAUUCCCAGCUAGACUCCUGGCCAAAUUGAUUUGCAAGUCAAGUGGCCAGAGCAGCCUCAUUUCCAUUCUUAUUUUUUUUUUAAUUUCCUUUGGGAGAAAGAAUUCAAAGAGAGUUUUAAGAUUUCCUCCUUAUCUUUUGGUGAUCAAUUAUUAAAAUAUAGGUACAAUCCAUUUGUCUCUUUUCUUUUAGUUGACUGAAUAAUAUGUUGAUGAAGGCUGGUCUUUGAUGGACUUGGAUUUUUCCCAACGUGCUGUCCACAUGUGAGAUAGUCAGCAUUUCUUCAAGUGAUAAAAAUCUGUACAGCCAUGUAUGGCACAACAAUACCAGCUCCCCCUAUUCCUUCAAAACCAUAUCACAUGUAGAAAAUUUGACCACAAAUCCUUGAAGAAGCAGAGCAUAUACUAAGUGAUUAUAUUCUAGGCAAAAUUCUGGUUCCGUUUUAAUUAAACAAGAAAAUUAUCCAAUUUUUUCCUAUAAACAGAUACAUCUCUUUUUGUUAUAUUAUACAAACUCAUAACUGCUUAGUCUUGAUCUUGAGAAUAUAUAGUAAAUGUCCAUUUUUUUCUUUGAACAGCUACUGAUUCAAUACCUACUAUGUUAGAAUAGUUGUUCUACUAGAAAUAAGAGUAGAGACAGCAUCCAUUCUGAAAGGUGAGGACAAUGAAGGGUGGCAUGAAGGGGUCAAGCCUGGUCAAACCCUUCUCGUGUAAAUCUCCAGCGUCCUAUCAGAAGCACUGUCACUGAUUAUUCUAAUUAUAUGCAAACCACAUCUAAAAGGUGCUGCUUUUCCUUACGUUAAUGGAACUUACUGCACCCUCCUAGUUGUUCAAAUUAAAUCCGGUUUCAGGUAAAAGGAGAUGGUCAGCUAAUUGCUUAUUGGAUUCAGAGCUAUCUAAGAGAUGGCAAAUUUAUACCAAUAAGCUCCUACCAGUUUCAGAGGGUGUUCCAUGAAACAUUUCAGGAAACUUUAGCAAUAGUCAUGUGGAAAACCACCUUGUUACUUGUGUUCAUAACAGGCUAUUAAAACAGCAAAACCCUCCUCCAAAGGCACUACUUGAAGCAGAUGGAAAACGAGCAGUCCUUAUUCACCCCUGACUUUCAACUGUAGUUACAAACCAUGGAAUUAGCACAGGAAAAUUUAUAUCCUUUGUAGUCAUUACCUUUUAAUAAAGAAGCCAUAAGCCCUCUAUUUCUGCAACUAGACCUUAAUGUUUGACUAUAAAAAUGCACCUGCUCCUUGUUCUCCUAAAGACAGUUUACAGUGUCAUAGUCGACAUAUAGAAUGCCAAGUUUAAGUGGGAGGCACCAUUACGCUAUCAAAGUCAACUGUAAUUUGAAAUUGGAACUAUCUGUUGUAUUGCAACCAUGGCCAACAUCCAAAGCAGAAAUUUUUAUCAUUCUUAGUUCUAAUGCAAAUUUACAAUUUCUUGUUGCAUUGUUUUUCAGAGAACUGCUAGGUUGUGCUGGACCAACACCAAUAACACAGCUUUCCACCAAGAGUAUAGCUUAUCAGAUGUUUUCUGCCAUGGUACAGGCUUUCAUUAGCUGAAUAUUCACAAUUUUAAAACUCAUUAGGAUUAUGGGAGUGCUAGGGUAGGGGUUCAGAAGUGCACGUUUGGAAGUGACAGUGUCUGCUAGGAGUGAUGAAUAGAAAGCUCUUAACAGAGCUGGGCUUGGUGUUAGUGCUCUAGAAGGUGAUGACUAAACACCCCAAACCCAGAAAGGGCAGUUGCAAUGUUGCUGUCCUCAGAGCCCAAUUAAUAUUCAUACCUGCUGGCCAUCAUCCACAGCAGUUACAGUUCUUUCUCUAGAAUAUAAAAACACAACCUCUAACAUUCAGAAGAAAGUAAUUUCUCUGUUAGAAAUUUAAGCACAUUUUAUACUAAAAUGACAAGUGACUUCCAUUAUUGACAAAAGUAAGGAAUUUGGAAAUAAAAGAGCUCUUCCAAUUCCAAACUUGACUUCAAGUUCUCUUAUGGCCUGUCAAGCUGGAGCCCAGUUGUUAAACAAGGCAGGUGUUUUCAGUUUCUUUAAACUUGAAUGCUUGGCACUGUCUAGGUUUUUCCUGGUGAUGAGGACUGGGGUUAGUCUACGUGCUGUCUUGCCUGCCAUGGGCUUUACAUUCUGAGAGUCAUAAAUUAAGUAGAAUGAAGGGAGCAUGGGAAAGAGCCUCAAAACCUAAACUAAUGCCAUUACCAUACUAGAACUACAGUUAAAUGCGGCUGUUACAUGUGGGAAACAAAAUCAUUUCAAAGAUUUAAGUGGUAUUGGUUCCUGACUAUUUUCUUUGUAAACUUUUAACUAAACAGGACCAUUGCUCUAUAUUAACCCUCCACACUUGCUUCUAUUUCAAGAAGAGUCAACACUAUUGUGUCAUUUUAUUUCAUCUUUCACAAAAGUUUCUGACAGGAUGAAACUUGAAAAAGAGGGUGCUAGAUCUUAUAUUAGACAACAUUUAUGUUCAACAUCCUUGCUGGAAUUCCCCUGCAUCUCCCAUAAGCAUAUUGACAGUAAAGUCAGUUCACAUUAUAAUUUUAGUCACAUUUACAAGGUCAUCUAACUCCUUCUAAAGAAAUGUAUAAUGAUUAGAAAGAGCUAAAUAUGGUAGGAGAUAAAUAUGGUAGAAAUCAGCCUUGGUUUUUGUCUAAGUUGAUUUAUAUGACUUUACUGAUUUUAGUUGAAAGUUUAUACUACUUUCAUUAUUAAAUAUCUUUUAUUUUCUUUUAACUCUGUUCCAAAACUUUUAUCUGGCUUGGGAUGAUACAAAAGCUAUUUAUUAAUGAGAACUUGGGAGAAAAUUGAGUUAGAAAAUGCCUCUAAAAAUUGUCUAAGAAUUUCUAUCUGUGUCAUGUCUUACUGCAUGCAAAGUAAGACCACCCACUCUGUCUGGGUCAUGCUCUCUUAAGAUGGUUUGGCUCUUACCUCUACAUUGGAGAAAUAUUGAAAGAGAAUUUGAAGAGCCUGGCUUUGUACCACAUUUUAUCAAGUAUUGCUUUGCUCCUCUUUUUCAUCUUGACCACCAAUCUUUUGACCCUUUUCAUAAAUAGGCCAUUCAUGUUGGAAACAAAUUCAAAGAACAGUAUAAACUGUGAAAGGUUAUUUAGAUGUGGAAGAAAUAAAGUGCUCAAUUCCAAAUCUGAAUUCUCCUUAGGAGAAAAAGCCCAAAUAUCUAAGUUAAAGAACUUACUGUUUGUCUUUGAGAGAGGGAGUGGCAGCCAAAUGAUAUCUGAUAGAUUUUAAUUUUCAAUAACUGCAAAAAUUGUUUUGUUUUACCACAGUUAAAGUCCACUGCCGUGGGUUACCAUCUGAAACCUGAUUUAUUAGGCACUAUUCAUGCCCAACAGGUAUCUCAAGACAGCUUAAUCUUUUUAAAGAUACCCAGAGUGGCCAACUGAGUAUGAACAAUGGAAGAUUUAAGAUUCUUCUGUACUCUUCAGAUUGUACAGUCCUGAGCCUAGGCGAGGCCUUCAGGGGUCACAUGGCUCAUUCAUCUUCCUCAGGCGAGUACUGUCACUCUCGCAUGUCCCACAACACAGAUGCCCAUUUAUUCUUACCGUCCCUAGGGAGGGUUGUCUCCUUGGCAACAGCCCAGCUCCUUUAAGAUCUCUCACUUUAACAACAUGUCUUGGCCAGUCUUUGAGGGCCAGGCACCUGGCAACAGUUGUGGUAAUUUGGCCCAUUGUACUGGAAGAUUGUGGAAGUUGGGUUCUCCUUUCAUCUGAUGAUUAUUAAGUAUGAUGAUUCUAUACAUAUCCUAACAAAACGAUUUUAAAAGAAAAUGUAAGUAUUCAUAGACUCAAUAACAUAAUCUGCUUUUGACAAAUGACUUUAGUCAGUUUUUAUUCAUUUAUAAUUCCUUUUGAAAAUUUGUUGUUAUAUCAAGGAAGUAAUGUCAGGAAAAGUGGCUGGUUCCAAUCCCCAGUGGCAAAUAUCAGCACUAGAAUCAAGUGACUGGACUCGUAAACUGUUCAAGUCUCUGAGAAUUACAAUUCCAAAAAAUUAAAAUUAAAAAAAGUCAUUUUCUAUAUUCUUGUUUUUGAACAACUACAUUCUUGUUAAUCUUAACAAGAAUCUAAACUUCUUCUCUGGGGAAGGUGUCACUGUCUGUGAAUCUGAUCUAGAAUAAAAUGAUUCUAGAGAAUCACUCAGCCACCGUCUGACCCCAGCCUUUGUCCUCAUUACUUAAACAAUGGCUGCUUGCUUUCUGGGGAUCAGGAAAGUGAUUUAAAAAUCUGUCAUCUUGACCAGGCCUGAAAACAAAAGGAGUUCUGGAAAGGGUAAUUUCCCCACCCCCACUCCAUGACAUCUCUUGACCCAGACACUCCCUGUAGCUUUCAGAGUUUUUUCUGUUUGCCUGCACCUGAGACUGUGCUAGCAGGACAGUGACAAGCCAGGAGGUCAGUGUUUCCUUUCUCCAAGGAGCUUUCCCAAUCUAGGUAAGGCUGCUUUCUCCCCACCUUGAUGCUCUUGUGAUAUGACAGCCUCAUCAACGUACUCACUCCCCAUAAGCCUCACUGUGGGGAAAUGACCCUUUCAGUUAAAACACACACACACACACACACACACACACACACACACAAGAUGCUGUAGAAUGUUAAUGUAAAAAAUCGUGAAUAAAAUUUGGCCUAUGUUUUAAUUGACUCUAGGCACCUCUAUGGAAAGAAGCCUGAGGCAUAGUUUGUGCAACAUGUUUCAAAAGUGUUUGAUGUAUAAUAAAUGCUAGACAUUUACAGUACAGAAAUAGUAAAAAUAAAAAGUUAAACCUGUAGAUUACAACUCUGUUCCUAAGAUCUUCCGCCUUUGUUGUGUCUUAGUAAAGUUGCUCUGCUUUCUCUUUAGUUUAUUGCAUUUUGGUGUAAUAGCCUCUUAAGAUAGAACUAUUAAUACAUAUGUACUGGUUAAUGCCUGUUAAUGCAGAAAAUGGCACUUUGUUAUUUCAGUGUGUUUCCUUCAGUGUCACAGGGUAUUUAAAUUUGGUAGGGAAGGUCAUUUGGCAUUGGUCAGCAAUACAUUUUUCCCAUUUAAAAUACAUAUAUAUAAUUGGUCACAUAGAUAAAUGUUACAUUUACAGUGUCUUAUCUUGAUCAUAGUCUUAGACAUCAACUGUGUCUCCACUUGCAAGCUGCUGUAGAAACUUGGUACAUUUGCAAAUCCUGGUACAAUGUAGUGCGCUGAAUGUGUUUAUAGAUCACUUGAUCCUGAGGACUCGUGUAUCCUGUCUAUGUUGAACCAUCCAUACAUUAGAAAUGGUCCUUACACAAGGGGAGUCUUUUGACAGUGUUUGUUUUUGCUUUUUGUUCUUUUGCCUGUUGGAAAGUGGCAAAAAAGAGAAUGCAACAUUAAAAACUCAAAAAAAGCAACAUUACUGUAAAGUAUAUUUUGACAUUAUGAUCUUAUCUUUCAAUUGACUUUAUUACUUUUACCCAACAUUCACAGUAUUUCAAUAGAUAUUUCAUAACAAUUAUGUUCAGUCUGAUGACUUACAAAUGUUGAAAGGGAAGAAAAUCAAACUACAAUCCACACACAGCCAUUUUAGACCAAGAUGUCAUGUUAUAUGUCAAUUUCUAGACUGAUUUCUCUUGUGUACACGUUAUAACAUCAAAGAUGCCAAAGGGAAUAUAAAAUAAGCUACAAUAAUAUUCAACAGAACUUAACCUGGACCUUAUAUUGUAAUAAUUUAUUCAUAUUAGCUGUAGUCUUCUGUAUUUAUAUUUUCAGUAUUUAUUAUGAAUGAUAUGAAAAUUCCUGUAUUUAUUGUGGCUUUUUGUUGCAGUGUGUGUAUAUAUAUAUAUAUAUUGCAAAUAAGCAUUUUUAAGUCUGAUCUUCAAGUUUCUUUAAUUAGUGGCACUUGUAUUGGGCUGUACUUUUUAUUAUAUAUUGUACAAUAUCUUGUCCAUUGUUUGCAAGAGUAA